AUGAAUUUUAAUACUCCUAAUAAAAGUACAGGUUUUAGUUUUAAUUUCAAUGGCGCUGGGUCUACGCCGGCAGGUAAUGCUCCAUCAGCAUUUGGUGCUGCUUCAAACACAAACAACACCAAUACUUCCAAUUUAAAUUUAGGAAAUCAAACCCCAGCAUUUGGUAACAACAAUUCAGCUUCUAAUGUUCCUUCUUUUGGGAACAAUGGCGCCACUAAUUCAAUUGCUACUGCACCAUCUACUUCAGCUUUCAGUAUGAACUCUGCAGCCACUUCGAAUAAUCAAGCUUCUUCCAUCAAUACUGCAACUACAUCAUCUGGCUUUGGCAUGCAUAACAGUAACACAGCCGGUUCUCAGCCAUCAUCACUUUUUGGAGCUGCAACAACUUCUAGUCAACCUUCUAAUUCUGCAUUUGGCUCCGCAUUAAAUUCAGGAUUAAACUCUUCUUCGACUGCAGGCACAACUACAAACAAAUUUGGAUCUGCCAACUUAAAUCAGAAACCAGCCUUUGGAGGAUUUUCAGCUGCAUCAACUAACUCAGGAAACAAACCUGCAUUUGGUGCCGCUACACCAGUUUCAACAGACAACAAAAAAACUUUUUCAUUUGGCAAUAACACUGAUGAUGCAACUAAAAGUACUGGUGGUUUGUUUGGAAGUAACACAAGUUCUGCAUUUGGAGCUAAAACAGGGGAUGAAAAAGCGGCUUUCUCACUUGGUGUCAAAUUAGAAAGUAAACCUGAUAAUAAACCAGCAUUUUCGUUUGGUGCUAAACCUGAUGAAAAGAAAGAAGACAAACCAUCGCUUUCAUUUGGUGCUAAAUCUGAUGGUAAACCAGCAAUUUCGUUUGGUGCUAAAUCUGAUGGUAAACCAGCAUUUUCGUUUGGUGCUAAACCUGAUGAAAAGAAAGAAGACAAACCAUCCUUUUCAUUUGGUUCUAAGCCGGAUGAAAAUAAAGAUGCUAAACCGGCAUUUUCGUUUGGUGCUAAACCUGAUGAAAAGAAAGACGAUAAACCUGUUUCUAGUGUAUUCGGUUCAGACAAAGUAUCUUCUCCUUCCAAUCUAAGUAAUAAAGCCAAUGAUACGCUCGGAAAUAUAUCUUCGACCACAUCAACUUCUGAUUCUAUAAAAAUGAAGCCUACCGAGGUAAAGCCAAUAUCGCUAGAAAAUAAUACAUUAGAUGAUAUUAUAACGAGAUGGACUAAACAAUUGUCCGAUACAUCAUCUCAUUUUGAUGGCUAUGCCAAAAAUUUGAACCAAUGGGAUAAUAUUUUAGUACAAGGUGGUUCACAAAUAAGUCAGUUAUACAAUGAUAAUAUUUUAGCAGAACAAACUCAGAAUAAAGUAGAGCAAUCGCUGCACCAUAUUGAGAGACAACAAGAUGAUUUGGAAUUAUUCUUAGAUAAUUAUGAAGGCAAAAUAGAAACAUUACUUUCAGAUCUAUUGGCAUCUGGAUCUGGUAGUGUCUCUAAUAAUAAUGACCAAAAGAGGCAACUAGCUUAUAAAACGGCUGAGAAACUGGAUUUAAAUUUAUCUUACUUGUCACAAAAUUUAUCUUCUUUAAUAGAAGAGGUCAACAACGUGAGUAAUAUAUUUAACAAGGCUACUAAUAUUAAUUUGAAUAAUAAACAUGAAAGUAUCCAACUUGUAAAGUUGUUGAACACUCAUUUAGAUGCAUUAAAAUCUUUAGACCAGACUUCGACAUCUUUAGAAAAUAAACUAAAACUGACAAAUAAGUAA